CCGGGCGGGGCCCGUGUGCGCAGCGAGACGGGCUCGCCCCCAGAGGGGCGCGGGGGUGCCGCACCUGGGAGGCUGCAGCCUGCCGGAGCCUGCUGGAGCCUGAGCCUGGGGCUGACAGAGCUGCACUGAGCCCGCAGGGCUGCUCCGGGCACCGGCAGGGCAGGCUCAGGGUCCUGCAGCCCUUCCCCAGCUCCCGUGGGUGCCGCACAGGCUGGGAGCGGCCGGCAGGAAGAGCUGGGCUGGGCUGGGCUGGGCCGGGCCGGGAGGACAGUGGGUCCCUUCACCUGGGACAGCACUGCCUGUGACAGGGCGCUGCCGGCACGUAGUCCCUGUGCCAAGGGGGGUGUGGGACAGCACAGCGUCACCCUGGCGUGACCCGCCAGCUGAGCACUCGCUGUCACCCGUCUGCAGCGCCGGAGGAGCGACCGUGGUGUGACUCAAACCCUCGCCCUGGGUUUGCCCUGGGCCUCUCCCUGGGAGCCACCCAGCGCUGGUGCUUGUCCACGCCCGGCUCUGCCUCCCUCCGCCCGCCCCGCGACGGCAGCCGGCCCUGCCCUGCUGCCCACGCACCCUGCCUGCGGCUGGAGCAGAGUAAGGUGGUAGCAGAGCUGCCAGUUGUAAGGUAGGAGCAGAGCUGCCAGUUGUAAGGUAGGAGCAGAGCUGCCAGUUGUAAGGUAGUAGUAGAGCUGCCAGUUGUAAGGCAGUAGCCAGCUGCCAUGGAAGCCAACACUUCCCUCUGGCACAGCUACCUCGGGGUGAUCGAGUCCCGCGAGAGGCAGCGGAUGGAGCAUUUCCAGCGGGCCGAGGACAUCCUGCUCACCCUGUUGGAGACUGUCCAUGCCAGGGAACCUCGCUUCCUCGUGGACUACGCCAGGAACCUGGAAGCCUUCGAGUUUGGUCUCUGUGCCUCUGAGGAUGCUGUCACUCUCGAGGUGCCCCUGCGUAUCGAUGGCGAUAGCCUGCGUGUGCUGCCGUGCCACGCCAGGGACAGCCCAGCCAGGCAUCCCUCAGAGCUGAACACCUGCCUUCUGGGAGUGUGCUCUGCAGGGAGGGAUUUGGAGGACUGGACUGGUGUUGUGGAUGUGAUGGAGCACGGAGGUGGUGCGGGGUGCCUGCUUCCAGGCAAAAUCCUCCAGCACCUGAAAGAGCUCCUUGUUUCAGCCAUCGUGCAGUGCCAACGCCUCUUCCUGCUUCAGCCAGGUGACAUCAGUGCUGAAAACCUGCGGGAAGAUGCCCUGGAGCUCUCCUUGCUGAUCCGCGGCAGCUGGAAGCCCAUUCGCUUUGACAUUGUUCCCGUGGUGAGGAGGCAGCAGGAGCCGCUCCAGCUCCAGAGGCGGCGGAGCCACAGGGGCUUCCCUGAGGGCAGCCUCAGGAAGGCCACGGAGGAGGCUCACUUUGUCCCUGCCUCUCCCCAGUGCUGGAGAUCCUCCACUCACCUUCCCAUCCUGAAGCUGCUCCAAGGAGUGGACACCCUGAAGGGACCCCGUCUGGACAGCCUCCGCCUGCUCGACCAGCUCCGUGACCAGGACUGGGGAGGGGAGGGUGGCAAAGGCAGCCUCACCUUCAACCACCUGAAGAUGGUGCUGCUGUGGAGCACAGAGCUCUUCCCCUCCCCGGAGGACUGGCAGGACCUGGAGGGCUCUGUCUACAGGCUCUUGGUGAUCCUUCUCCGCUGCCUGGCCACCCAGCACCUGCCCCACUUCCUGAACCCAGAGGAAAACCUCUUCCAAGGAGCAGCCCCAGACCUUGCCUCGCUCUACUAUAAAGUCGAGAGCUUUGCCUGGGACCCCCAGCGCUUCCUCCACUUCCACUUUGGCCCACAUGGGUUCAGUGGCAGCUGGCAGGCAGACGCUGAAACCCGAGCCCUCCUGCAGCUCCCCAGAGAGGAUGGGUCUCACUGGGACACUGCCUACUUUGACGUGCUGCUCAGCCAGUUCCAGGUGUACCGGAUCCAGGACAGUGCACGGCGCUCAGCAAUGUCCCAGCUCCUCUCCAAGAUCCGUCAAGAAAUCCCUCGGCAGAGCUGAGUGGGGCCCUGCUGCUGCCCCUCUGGGGCGUCUCAAAACUCUGGGGGGUGCAAGGAGAGCUACAGGGCCAGGGAGCAGUGUGCUGCUGUGUCAGUUUAUUGAGGAAAGGUGGUACAGGGAAAGGGCACCUCUGCUGCAGCUGGGGGACACACACAGCCUCUUGGCUGCCCUGGGCACCGGGUGCUUCGUGGUACAGAACCUGGGGGGGCUGGCUGGCAUUCUGCACUACAGGGCAGGGAACACCGAGGUUGUUGGUGAUGGGAGGGGAAGGGACCUUUGGUCAGAUCCUGCAUUCAGCCCUCUGUCAGCUUGCUGAGGGACACCAUGCCCUGGGGCCAGGGGAAGGGAAAGGACUGAGGACUCGGGCCAUUGGGGGGCGAUGGGAGAAGCGGUUUUGAACCACAUCUCACAUCUGCCGAGCACAGCCACGUCCCGUGCUAUCCCAGCUUCCUUCCACGGCGCCUUGGCGUGCUGGGUGUCCUGGCAGCACCCCAGGGCGGCAGCGGAGCCCCUCUGCAGGCAGGCUGCGGGCAGCGCCAGCCCCUGCCUACGGCGCUCACAGGCGGCUGCGGCCGCAGCGCUGCAGGGCGUCCUGCAGGGCUCGCAGCACUCGCUGCACGUUGUCGCUGGUGGAGUUGCAGCCCAUGAGGCCGAUGCGCAGCACCUGGGAGGAGGAGGAGGAGGAGGAGGGUGAGUGUCCGUGCCUCGGCGGUGCCGUGCGGAGCGGGGCACCACGGCCGGGCUGCGCGCAGCUCCCCUGCUCGUGUUUAACACGCCAUAAAGAGGUGUC